UCGAGACCUCUCCCAAUUCUUACUCCUUAAACCCUAAAUUACUCGCAUUAAAAACCCUAGCCUCGCUUCUCAAGCCCUGCCUCGACACCCAAAAUGCCAGGAGAAGAAGUGAACCCUAAGGCCUAUCCUUUGGCUGAUUCCCAACUCAGCAUUACCAUAUUGGACCUUGUUCAACAGGCUGCAAAUUACAAGCAGCUGAAGAAGGGUGCUAAUGAAGCUACUAAGACUCUGAAUAGGGGUAUUUCCGAGUUUGUGGUAAUGGCGGCGGACACUGAGCCACUUGAGAUUCUUCUGCAUCUUCCUCUCUUGGCUGAAGAUAAGAAUGUCCCAUAUGUUUUUGUUCCAUCAAAGCAAGCACUUGGCCGAGCUUGUGGUGUCACAAGACCCGUCAUCGCCUGCUCUGUGACAACUAACGAGGGAAGCCAAUUGAAAUCCCAAAUACAACAACUCAAGGAUGCCAUUGAGAAGCUCCUGAUCUAAAUGAAGAUGGAUGCUAUAUUCGGUGUGAUGGGCCUCUUCGGUCAUAAUAGUCGCAACUCUAGAGGCUUUGACUGAUGAACUUGUGCUAUUAUUAGAAAGGAUAUUUUCUUUGUUGAAUUAUGAGAAUUUUUAUUUGUGUGCAUUGCGAGAAAGAAUACUCAACAAGAUAUAUUUGCAUGAGUCCCUAAAAGUUAAAUGUUUCUUGAUUAAUGUGAUUUGUUUUCUUAGUUA